AUGACGACCUCCAGCACCAGGCUCUUCGAGCCUCUCCAACUCGGCCUAUGCAAACUAUCCCACCGCAUGGUCAUGGGCCCAAUCUCCAGCAACCUGGCCGAUACAAACAACGUCCUAACGCCACCCGCCAUCAAAUACUACAGCGACCGAGCCCAAUACCCAGGCACAUUAAUCAUCGGCGAAGCAGCCUUCAUCAGCGCUCAGGCAGGCGGAACUUCCGAGCUCCGCGCCGCAAUCUGGACAGAGGCUCAGAUCGCUAGCUGGAAGAACGUGGUAUCCGCUGUGCACGCGCAAGGGAGCUUCAUGAUCCUCCAGCUUUGGGCGCUUGGGCGGUCUGCAGAUCCCGAGAUUAAGAAGAGGGAGGGGACGGGGGAUGUGGUGUCGAGUUCUGCGGUGGCGGAGAAGGAGGGAGGUGUGGUGCCGAGGGCGUUGAGGGAGGAGGAGAUAUGGCAGUAUGUGAAAGAGUAUGCCGAGGCGGCGAGGACGGCGGUGGAGGUUUGUGGGUUUGAUGGGGUGGAGUUGCAUGGUGGGAAUGCGAGUUUGAUUGACCAGUUUACUCAGAGCUGUGUUAAUCAGAGGAAUGAUCAAUGGGGAGGCAGUGUUGAGAAUCGGUCGAGGUUCGCGCUGGAGAUUACGAAAGCUGUUUGUCAAGCUGUGGGGGUGGACAGAGUUGGGUUCAGGGUCACUCCCUGGAGUACGUACCAAGGUAUGGGUAUGGAAAGUAAUGCUACGAUAGAGCAGUUCAGCGAUCUACUGCGCGGCUUGAAGGCAUUGGGCAUUUCCUACCUGCACUUCGUGGAGAGCAGAAUAGCGGGUAGGGUGGAUGUCGAAGCUGGGGAGUCGUUGGAGCCAUUUACUGAGCUCUGGGGCGAGGCGAAGCCUUUCGUGAUCGCUGGAGGGUAUACGCCUGAGACUGCGAGGACUGCGGUCGAUAAGGAGUAUCGAGGGAAGGAUGUUGCGAUAGUGUUCGGUCGGGCAUUCGUCAAUAAUCCGGAUUUGGUGCAGAGAGUGAAGAGUGGCCAGGAACUUGUUGAGAACAAGGCAUGGACAGCAUGGGCUGGUUGA